AUGGUGACAGAGACAAUUCUUACCAUGGAUCCUAUCACGCACUGCAUUGAUGACAUGAAGCAGGACUCGUGUUUGGACGAUUUCUCGGAUAUGCAUGGGGUUAACAAACGUAGAGUUGCCAAGUCUCGUCAAGUGGAGAGGCCGAAUACGACGAUGCACCUACUACCGCAGCAGAACGGAUGGAACUUGUCCAUGAUUAAGGAAGGCGUGAAGCGUGCCAAGCCUGAAGCACCCAAGUUUUUGCUGCUACUGUAUGAAAUUUUGGAGGUGGAGAGUUCCCGUGUCAUUCGGUGGUCUGAGGACGGCCUAGCACUACAGAUACUAGACCCUGUCACCGUCACAGAACAGAUUUUGCCAAAGUACUUUAAUCACACCAAUUUUCAUAGCUUCCAGAGGCAGCUCAAUUAUUUUGGCUUUCGCAAAUGGACCAAGUCUAAAACGGAUAUCUGUACUUUCAGUCACCCUUUUUUUCGAGAAAAUCAGCCAAAGCUAUUGCUACUCAUUAAACGCAAGAAAGCUCCGCGACGAACGCCAGCCAGUGGAACUAGCAGCUCAACUUUGACUACACCUACAGCGGCUGUUGCGAGUUUGACGCCCAAGAAAUCGUCACCUUGCGGUAAGCAAAGGCUUUCAUCAGAUGACAGUAACUCGGAAGGUAUUUCUACGCAAAGUACACGCAUGCAUAUUCAGAUGAUAAACAUGCCUGCUGGUCAAAUCCAGCCCACUACUAAUGGAAUGUUGCUUAGCGCCAUGACAACGCCGCAUGGCACUUCCUCCCAUGGAUCUUUGGGUUUCUCGCAGGAUGGAUUGAACCGCCAGUAUGUGCUGGAGCCGAACAACGUUAUAUCGCCUGUGGCGGCCACUGAGUGCAAGAAGAAAGCAAAAAAGCUGGACAAGAAGGAUUAUCUAGCGAGCACGACAAUAGACGCCCCAUUAGCACCACCACUUGAAGAGUCCAACUCACUCAUGAACACAUCAGCUAUGCCAUCGAUUGGGGCUGCAAAGUUUAUGUCAUCGUCGUCGUCAAUGGCAGCUGACAGCAGCAAUGCUUCACUGUGUAACAGCAGCCGCUCCGAUGUUCAGUACACUUCGAUUAGCCCGCUCACUUCUGUGGCGUUACCUACCCUAGAUAUCGUGCGAAGUCGCCUCAUCCGUCGACAGCAGGCUGGCGGGCCGGAGCAGCAGCAACACUCAGUCCUACAACAGCAAUACAAAUACAGGGAAUUAUCUGGGUUUUCAGCACCCAACGGGCCUCAAGGCAUGGUUGUAACUACAAUGGAGAAUCGCUCCGAGCUUUCGGCACGGCCAAUACCAAUGACACCAGUCUCUCGCUCAGAAAUGAUUCCAGACCAGAAUCCUGCGUUUUCAAACUCGUUUAGCGAUCCAGUCAACAUCCUUCUUCGCAUCAAGAAGUCACGGUCAGUAUCUGGUGAAGGAAAGGAUGUGGGUACAAAACAUGAACAAGUCGACGACCAAAAUGAGAGUCUAGCCUCUUUGCACAACUAUUUGCUCGGGAACAGUUUGUUUACGAACCGCCUGCAAGCACAGCUGAAGUUUAUUGCAGACGAGAACGAGGCUUUGAGGCACCUGCUAGACACCAAACAGCACGAGGUAAACAAAUUGCAAGGCGAACGGAAGGUGCUUCAGCAUGAAAACGCAGUGCUACUUGAAGAUAAGAACAAGCUUUUCGAGAUGAAUCGUGACCUUCUGAGCAAAUUGUUUCCACAGUGA